AUGCCUGAGGAACAGAUCCCGCUGGAUGACUACCAGCGUCCAGCAUCGUCAGCCUCGUCGGCACCAAGAUCGCGGCAGCCAUCCGUUGGGGAGCUGCAGGAAACAGGGCCUCCCGAUGGUGGUGGAGGCCAUUUUGUGGCUAUAAGAAACAUGCUGAAUGCUACGCGUAACCGCCCGGUGGCUCGUAUUGCACCGCUGGAACCAUCCUUUGUACCAGCACCGCAACGAUACUUCCCCAUCGUAAUACCCGCCGAACCGACGAUCGAGGAGUUGCUGCGCCAAGCAGCCGGAACGCAGGAUCUAGCAACGGUGCACGAGAUUAAGCUUAAAGUCAUAUCGCACAUGACCAGUCUGCAGCGAAUACCAUGCUUUAUACCGCAGCUGCGAUCGCUCAUACUGGAAGGCAGCAUCGUGAUGACCUUGCGGGACCUGGGAUGUGAUAUGACGUUCCUGCGCUAUCUGAACGUGUCUCGGUGCAGCUUGAAGCACUUGGACGGAACAACGGGGCUUGAAUCGCUCGAGGAACUCGUCGCGGACUACAAUCUUAUAGAAGAGGUGGGACCGUGUUCGAAUUUGAUCAACAUCAGGAAGAUCAGUCUGAAGGGCAAUCGGAUAACUGAUUUGGGCAGUGUUACCUUUCUGGCUCUGUGCGAAAAGCUGGAGGUGCUGGAUUUGAGGGAAAAUUUCGUAUCCGAAGAUCCUUCGUUUUGGCACGUGCUCAGAACAAAUAUUCCACAGCUCCGGUGUCUGAACGAGACACAGUUCCGCGAGGUGACAAGCGAUGAAACGGACCUGUCCAGCUCGGACUAUCGAUCGUCCAGCUCCGGAAGUAUUGAAGACGUUCAACGGGGCCGAUGGGAUGUGCCGGCGGCAUCUUCUAACGGAAGAGAAGAUAUUCCGCUGCCUAGCGACAGAGUAACGCGCCGUCCAAUUACGGCUUCCGUCGAAAGGCGAGUGACAUUGGAGCUACUGGAUCAGCAACGUCCUUCUACUGCUGAUACGGUUAAGAUAAAGGCGCAACUAACAUCCGGCGAACCAGUUGUCGGAAGCGUUAUCACCAAGGCACGCCGAAGACGUCGUCAACGUACUGCCUGGGGUGAGUCUACAUCUUGCUCCAGUGUCAGCAGCUCGGAUUCUUCCUUUUCGAAAGAUUUCCCCGAACGUUUGCCACAGAAAGCGGUCGACCUCGAGCUCGGUGUGAUCGGUGUGGCGGGUCAGGGUGAGUCGUCACGCAGCACACACCACCGACAGCCGGAAUCGGCCACCGGAACGGACGAUGAUCCGCAGAACCUGCUGCGUGCUGCACGGUUGUGGCGCCAGCGAUCGUUGCAAACGCGUGAAACCAUUCGCGAGCAGGAGCAGAUGCUAAUUUUACGGCAACUGCACGAUGAGGAGUAG